UCAGGAAGAUGUCGGCGCCCUCGGGCGGCGUCCUCGCCGUGGGGCACCUCGCGACCGCGCCGGCAGGCAGAGGCUCCAAGGGCGCCCUUGGCGAGGGCGGCAGGCGAGGGAGCGGCGACGACCCGCGCAGAGACGGGGGAGGAGGACGGCUGCAGGAGGGGGAGGACCCCCGGCAUAACGACGCGAACAGCGUGUACACCAGCAGCAGUUACGCCGCCAGCAGAGGUCUCCGCCGCCCCUCAGCAGGCAGGCUAGCGGCCAGCCCUCCCCAGGUGGCGCAUCCCGUGCCGCCGCCCAGAUCUAAGGCCGCCUUGUCCAGCGGCCCUGCAGUCGCCGCGCCGGGCAUCAUGAAGUCCUCUUCGGAGAUCUUCAUUUCCUCGACGGCGCUCCCUCCUACUAAGGGCAUCCUCAAGUCCUCCUCGGGCAUCUUCCGCCCCGCCGCGCCGGGAGCGCCCUUGUCGCGCUCCGCGUCGGGGGGCGUGAUGGCGUCGACGGCGCGGGUCAACUUCAGCAGCACCGUCAGUCACAUAGAAAGCUCUCCCCCGACCUCCCCGACGGAGCCGCCCUUCGGUCCCGGCGGGUGGACAGCAGGCAGGCAGACCGGGGAGUGUGAUUCGGCGCAGAAGCCGCAACUUCUUCCGCAGCAGAGGGAGGGCCCCCAGGUGAAAGAAGGUCAGUUUUCGCAGCAACAUAGAUUGGCUGUGAAAAUCAGCUCCGAAAACCAGCUUCAGCAGCAGAAACUUCAACAGCAGAAGUUGCAGAGGCAGAAGGAGCUUGAGAAGAAUGAGAGUAAGGGCACACAGCACAUCAAGCUCCAGCAACAGUGGGAUGCAGAGGCGUUGGAGGCAAAGAAGCUCCGGCAACAUCAGCUGCAGCGAGAAGCGGACGAACAUGAGGUUCUGAAGCAGCAGCUGAAACUGAAGCAGCAGCAACAGCUACAAAAGUCAGCUCACAUUGAUAUUCCUGAGACAAAACAGCGACGAGAGGAGGUAUAUUUCGUUGAUCAGCACAGUCAGCAGCUGAUACGCGCUGGUUCCCUUGGGAGCGGAGAACCGGCAGCUAUCUUGCAGCAGCGGCGGAGUCGAUCUCCUCUGCCGUCGCCGACGCCGGCUCGAGGCCAGGCUGUGGGCAGCGAAAGGCCUGUGGUUCCCCCCAUCAUCCACGCUUCCAACAGGGAGGCGACCGUCAAGGCUCCCGAGGAACGCAAGAACAGCCUGACCAAUAACUCUCUGCCCCCCGGACUAGCACAGUUCGAGCGCAACAAGAAGCUCGAGAAGAGCUCCAGCAGCCCUACAAUCCGAACCAAUGAAAGCGUAGACGUUGCAAGGGGUCCGCCGACCGCCAUCUUACAGCACACGGGCUCGGCAGCCGUCGACGCCCGGACCGGAGUGAUAAGGGCCGCUGCGAAGGCCUACACGGAAAACUUCCAGUCGUAUUCAUACUCCAGCUACCUCACCAAGAACAGGAAGGAUUCGGCCUCCGCCAAGGAUGCCCCUGUGAUUAAGGACAGUCUUGAGAGUCAGACUGAAGGAAAGGCAUGCCCCCCAGCAUCUAGUCCUCAGGAGGGAAACAGUUCAAAGCCAUCAAAUCAAGUACAGCCUCCAGCGCCCGCGCAGAACCCAAGUGGCCGGCCUCUCUCAAGGAGCACCGAAGGGAAGAUAAUUGUUCCUCUCACCUCGUUCACGCCUGGCAAAACCCCGGAGGCAGUCGCAGCCAGUGAAAAAAGCUUCGGCAAGGCCCCGAUAACAGGCGACAAAGACUGUAUUAUACCAAAGCCGGCAAAGCCGGAGGCAGCCAAAGGAGGACCAGUAUCUGCAGUAGUCAAGCCCCCUGGACCGGCAGUCGAACAGCUGCCAUCCAAGACCCAGACCCAGAAGGAGCAGGCAGCCAGUGCCCCGCAACAGCAGCAGCAGCCGCAGACGCGAGGACAGCCCCCGCAGAAGGGCCCCGGCUCUAUCGCCAGCAGCACAGCCAUUCGCAACACACCGGCGCCCGCCGUACCCCCCGCAAAGAAACUCCCGAAGACCCUCCCCCCCCUUCUCUCCGGCUUCAAGUUCCCCCUGACAGGCGACAGGAUGAAGGGCAGCAGCGAAGGGACGCUUCUGAUGGCCUGCCGGGUCGCAGAAGAGGACCAGAUCGUGAAGCUCCUGAAGGAGCUAACAGCCACGAGUGCCCUUGACGCCACGGCGCUCAACCAGGCGGAUCGCUCAGGCAGAACCUCGCUGAGCUACUGCUGCGCCAACGCGUACCUCCGCGUGGUGGAGACCCUUACCUCCAUGCCCGGCAUCGACAUCAACAAGCCCGAUACGGAUGGCAACACGCCGCUGCACUUCGCCGCGCAGGCAGGUGUCACACCUGGUCAACAAGUGCAACCGCAGCGUGGAUCUGGACGCCCGAAACGCCCUUGGCUUCACGCCCCUCAUGAAGGCGGCGCUGCAAGGGCGCACCAAGAUAGCCAAGAUCCUUCUGUUUGCAGGCGCGUCCCCCCACCUGCGGGACUUCGGGCGUGGGCUGUGCGCGGUGGAGUGGGCGCGGUACACUGGGCGCCACGUGUGCUCGGAGCUGAUCGACAGCGUGCAGAAGUCGUGCUCGAGCCACAUCCGGGACCGGUGGACGAGCGACCCGGACCUCAAGUCCCACUCCAGCUCGUCUCUCAACGCCCUGGGGCAGCCCGACAACAAGGAGUCGUGGAUCAAGCAUAAGAUCAAGAAGGCUUUCCAUAAGUCGGAGUCCAAGAAAGAGUUCAGCGUCGUGACCAACCUGUCCACCAUGGCGGUGUGCGCCACGUCGCCGCUGCUGCCCACCGCCGUCUCCUCUCAGGACCUCAAGCCCCACCAGGUGGUCGUGCCGCACGUCCAGGUCACGGAGGUUAAGGUGCCGGACUGCUACGAAGACCCCGAGGACGCACUGAGCAGACUGCGAAAAGCCCCUCCUCGCCCUCGUCGGCGACCCCUGCCGCAGGCUCUUCGGCAGCGGAGGGGGCGGCGCCUCCCGAGGAAGCCGCGAAGGAGGCACCGACGGACAGCAAGACCAACGGGACGGCGAAGACGAUCGUGUCUUCGAGUAAACUCCCUUUCUCGAGUACCAAAAAGAGAAAGUAAAUCGUUUUUUCUACUCUUUAACACUAGUUUAGUCAGGGAUUAAGAAGAUUAUUCUCAUCGGCUGCCUUGGGGCCCAUCCCGCUGCCCCUCAGCAGAGCCCCGCGGGAGUGAACGUCACGCGACUCCUCAGAUUUCUCAUCGCGACCCGACACUUCUCGCGAUAAUAUGACAGAAAGAGAAGUGCCGGCAGCCUUUGCGACCUCCCCCCCCCCUUUUAUGUCGUGCAUGCGACUUAACGACUCGGACGUAGGGACAACCUCUUCCCUGAUAUCCUCAUAGGACAUGAUAUAUAUAUAUAUACACACUUUAACUUAAGUUCGUUCUUCUCAAUAGUGGUGUUUAUACAAACUUUUUUUUCUUGUUAUUUUUGGACUUGCCUCAUCGGAGUUUAUGUCAUUAUGUCUAAGUCUCUUUGGCAUGAGUUUGGAUAUAUUGUAUUUUCCAUAAUAUAUAUCCCUUGAGAUAAAUAAUAUUUAUAAUGAACCGACUAUAUAUUAAUGUAUGAAAAAUAAGUAUGUCUCCUUUUGAAGCAGUUGAAUCUGUAAUGUCACGCAUUUCCAACUUCUAAAAUAAGUGAAUUUUAAGUAAGAAAUAGUUUUGGGAAAUAUUAACUUCAUAAAAAAACGUCGACAUUAUGCGGAACAUAAAUAUUCACCAAACGUUCAAUUAAGUUAUAAUAGUCAGUGCUCAAUUCUGCCUGGCUGUUUUCUGUGGAAGGUUUGGUACUUACCCAUUUUCUCAAAUAAGCUUUUCCAUUUUCUAAUUUCGAGCUAAAACUCCUCGUCAUGUCGAAGAUAUUUACCGGUUCACGACCAGACGUAUUCUACUAACUUCGUAUCUCAGCCUCGUUGUAUAUAGGAAUGAAGAUCGUUAUAUGUUUGUCAGAAUAUAUUUAACUCCGCAUAGCUAUAUAUCUAUAGGUUAUAAACAUAUGACCAAAUACACCAGACUGGUUGACGCUCUAGUCCACGUGGUACUAACUCUCUUUUCCUUUAUUAACUUUCUGGCUCUUAAGAAUGUGAAUAUAAUAGAAGCAAUACCGUGUCUUCAAGAAAGGUUUAAAAAGUGAAAGAAUUUCUCCCUCGAACCCUUCUGGUCAGCGCAU